AUGGAAAAUAUCAAUUUUCAACAACAAACAAAUCUGUAUCAACAACAGCAACAGCAACAAAAUAUUAAUAUGGGUCACUAUAAAUCAAAUAUUAUACAACAGCAACAACCACCGUUACAACAACAACAAUUGAUUUCGAAUAACAAUUUAAAUUUACAAAAUCAACAACAACAGCAACAACAGUUGUAUCAAUCAUUUCAACCACCUUCAAAUCGUAGUCCAAAUGGACAUAUCAACAAUGUAAAUAGUCCAAAUAAUAAUAAUAAUAAUAAUAAUAAUAACCAAUUCAACGGAAAUAUCAAUGUUGAACAACAGCCACAACAACAAUCCGACCAAUCUAAUAUGUUCAAUUCACCAAUUCAACAACAAUAUCAAACCAAUAACUCUGCGAUGCCAACUCCACCACCACAUAUUACCACUUCCAAUGGUCUAAAUAGUCAUCCAUAUUCACCGAUUCAACAUUUGCAAUCACCAGCUGUUCAAACUCUCCAAUCACAAAGUCCACUCUCCCCACAACCACCUGGAACACCUGUACCAUCCAUUAACAAUAACAAUAUCAAUGGCAGCAGUCUAAAUACUUCAAGUUCACCAAAUCAACAGUACAAUAAUAAUAACAACAAUACAACAAACGGCGUUGGUUUUUCAAAUAAUAAUUUAAUUGAGGAUUUCAAUCAACAACAACAACAACAACAACCACAAUUACCUUUAGAAACACAAAAUAGUAGUAAUAGUCCCAAUAAUAAUAUAUAUAAAAAUAAAACCAUUCCUUCUUCUAUAAACUUUGGUGGCAAUCUAUCGAAUGAAGUAAAAGCAGGACUGUAUCAAUUAAGCGAGGAAAUUAGAUCUCGCUCGAAGCGACUCAAUAUGAUUCCGAUGCGCCGACAAGUGUUCUAUCAAGGAAUGAUAUCUUUGGCUCCGCAAAUACUGACCGUGCCAAAACUAAUGAAGAGUCAGUACGUCGGAAACUCUGGCAAGCUGUAUAUAGUUGAUAGCAACAACCCAUUGCUCCGUCCGAAUCUCGGCGAACAACUCACAUCCACCACUCUCUUUGGUGCCAAAGUGGUACCUGUCGAACUCUACGAGUAUUUCAUUGACUAUAUCCUCAAUAUUUUCCUGAAAUGUACUGGAAGUCAACAACAAUUUUUACAACAACAACAAAAUAUUCAGCAACAACAGCAGCAACAACAAAAUAUUCAACAACAACAACAACAACAACAACAACAACAACAACAACAACAACAACAACAACAACAACAACAACAAUCACCUCAAAAUAAUAAUUUACAACCAGUUCCAUCUCCGCAAAUUUCCAAUGAUUUAAGUCAAAAUAAUAAUUUACAAACAAUUCCAUCACCUCAAACCAAUGUCCAACAAAAUGUUCAACAACAACCAAAUUUGAAUAUACAACAAAAUACACCACAACAACAAACAAAUUUAAAUAUACAGCAACAACAAAUGUUUCAGUCGCCGCCUCCUUUGGUGCCUCAACAAACUUUGCAGCAACCACUACAACAAACUAUUAAUAUACAACAACAACCAAACUUGCAGCAUCAACAAAAUUUACAACAACAACAACAACAACAAUAUCAAAACUUUAAUCCAACCAAUAAUGUAAAUAGUAAUCAAAAUAUAAACAUACAGCAACAAAAUAUUAAUAUACAACAACAACAAAAUAUGAACAUACAACAAAACCAACAACCAAUACACCAAAACCAGCAAAUAUAUCAACAAUUUCAACAACCAAAUUUAAAUAACACAAUUAAUAUACAACAACCAAUUUCAACACAACCAAUUUUUCAACCGCAUGUUUCUGAUAGGGAAACUAGUAGUAGUAGGAUUGGUUUGACGUCGGUUGAUACUAAUAGUAGUGGUGGUGGCGGAGCGAGCAGCAGUCAGAGUAGCAGUAACGGUGGCAGCGGUAGUAGUACAAAAGGUGUGUCAUCGCCAAUACACAGCUUGCGAAAGAAAGGAUUCGUAGUACGUCAGAGCAUAGAGGAAUUCUUCACCAAUGUACAUGGUGCACUUAGUGAACUGAGUAGUAGCAAUAGCAACAACAAUAACAACAAUCAUCAUGAUUCACCACAGAUCUCACCUCGGUCCAACAACAACAAUAACAAUUCACCAAUAAUGUCAUCGUCAUCAUUGUCGGGAAGUGGAAACAGUAGUAGUAGUAGUGGCAUUAGUAGUAGUAAUAGUAGUAACAGUAAUAAUAAUCACCAACAUAUUCAAAGAUCUAAUAGUAGUAAACAACUUGUAUCAACAUCAUCAAACUCAUCGUCAUCCAACACAUCACCACAGUCAUCAAACAGAUCAUCACUCUCACAACAAAUGAAAUCAUUGGCAAAGUUUUAUCUUUUAGCACAGCAAAUCGAUUAUGUACAUGUGGGAUCUAGCACAUUUCUAAAGCCAACAACACCGAAUAACCCGCUACUUCCAGUUGAGAACUUCUCGAGUAUUCUAAAUGUACAAUGGACAACCUAUUGGACAAUACAUCUUAAUCAUACGAGAACAGUACUGGACAUCUUGAAAUACAUCUCACAAAAGACAAAUAGAGAAGUAAAGUUCCUAAAGCUGGCGGAUUGCGAUGGUAAGAUCUUGGACCACGACUAUCUCUUAAUGUCACACCGAUCCAAGAAAUUUGUUGUUUUCGAAGAGAUUUUAAUUGAUGAACAGAAUCCACAGCAACAGAAUGCUUCCACCGAUACUACCACUAAAUCCAUAAACGUUGGAUCACCUAAUGCACAGAGAAAGUUACCACCUGCCCCACCACCUCGUUCGCCAUCUAGCUAUCCAGUUCCCAUUACACCACUCACCAAUAACAACAAUCCACUGAUGGUUCACACCGAGUUGAUAUCGGAUCCAUCAUCGAUGAAUGUAUCCGAUCGUCCCAAUACAAUAACACAUACAUUUUCAAAUGGAUCAUUUACCAUUGGUGGUGGACUUAAUAUUAAUAGUCCAAGUUUUAUCAAUAGUAACAACAAUAGUAGUAGCAAUUGUUCAUCACCUUCAUCACCAUCAUCAUCACCUUCAUCACCAAUGUUAGAAGCAACCAACAGCAAUAGUAAUAACAAUAUAAAGAAAUCACCAUCAUCAUCACCAAACACCAGCAGAAAGAAUAGUAAAGAAACAACACCGGCAACCACCACAUCGUCAACACAAACCAAUUCUCCAUAUCAGUAUUGUAAAUUUUUAGAUAAAGUAGAGAGUGCAAACAAUCCACCGACCACAGAGAAAGGCAAGAUCUUGGACAACUAUUUCAGUCAUUACUACCAGGAGCUUUUCAAGUAUAUACAUCAGCGAAGCAGACGUUAUCAGCGAGUACUCGAUUUCUGUAAGGAGUCGGGUCUGGACGAGUGCGGUGCACAAGCCUGGACAUCAAAGCAUUUCGAGAGUGAAAGCAACUUCCUCCGGAACAAACGUGCCGAAAGACACUGGCGACAUUGUCACGCUGAAACGAAUCAAAAAGCAAUCGUAUCAAUGGGCGAAUCAGAGAAUACAGGUCGCGCAGGAGAAGGCAGUGAUGUCUGA